AUUUCUCGCUCCCAUCCGCUUGCCUUCUGCUACUCGCUCAGCUUCGGAAAGCGGUGGCGGUGGCCUGCAGUUGUUGUGGUCUGAUCGAGUGGUGCCCUUGUCCGUCAGCAUCUUUUUUUAUGCACAUACGUGUGUCAUGAAUACUUGUUUUGUGGAUGGGUUUGUCCAUCGUCGGGGGAUUCAUGAAAACGUCGACGUGCGCAUGUUGCGGAAGUAGUUUGUUUGUCAACACGAACCAUCUCCAACUUACUAUGUGGCUUCCCGCGUCCCUAAACAAGCGAAAAAUCAGCGACAUUGUGCGCAAUUUUUGAAGCACACGUUGGCAGCGGUGCAGAGCCAUGGGUAAGACCGGCUACACGUGUGUGCGGCAUACCCUCUGCUGCUACAACCUGCUCUUUUGGAUUCUAGGCUGUGGCAUGACGGGGGUUGGCAUCUGGCUUCACUUAGCAUACGGCGGAUACUCCAAUGUGCUGCCAACACACAGAGUGCUCAGUGCCGAUGGGUUGUGCCUUACUGCAGGAGUAGUCACAUUUUUGCUUGCAUUCCUCGGAUGCUGUGGAGCAUGGUUUCAAAGUAAAUGCCUACUCUGCCUGUACUUCGUUUUGCUGAUUAUUAUAUUUCUGCUGGAGUUUACAGCUGGAACUUUGGGAUUUGUGUACAGAAAAAAUAUUGGGCAGUCCCUAAUGCAUGAAAUGACUGUCGGGAUUCAGGAGAAGUAUAGUCCUGAUAACGACAAUGGACUGGCUGAAGUUUGGGACCACAUACAUUCAAAGUUCGAGUGCUGUGGAGUGCAGGGCUACAGAGAUUGGUACCGUGUUGCAGCUUGGCCAAAGAAUGACUGGGUGCCUCAUUCGUGUUGCCUGGAAGAAUUUUCAAACAACACGGCCUGCGGGCAGGCGGGAAAUCCUGACUUCCUAAAUCAAGGCGGCUGCUACAAGAAGCUGCACAUGUGGAUUAUGAAGCGGCUCUACAUAGUCGGUAUCAUCUGCAUGAGCUUCGCAUUCGUUCAACUCUUUGGCCUCAUCUCUGCAAUGGUCCUGCUAUGCACUGCCAGCGAAAAACGGAAAAAGAAACGCUCUAGAAAUGUGCAUUAUGCGGCGAUGGUUUGACGAGCAGCUGAAGACGACCUUGUCCAUUCGGCCAACUUCUUUUGCAGUAAAGCAGUGUUGAAGUGGUGGAAAGCUCUAUGCCAUCUGUCACUACCGAGCAGCUCCCUAAAUGGAACUGUCCUUUUAUCAUUAUCUUGUUGUGCAUUUCAGAAUUUCUUUUGGGGCAAGGUUGGCAUUCCUUAAUUUUAAAUUUUUUUUUGGCAGUUGCAUUAUGAAGGACUAACUCUCUUCUUUGUUCUGCCUGCUUGUUGACUUUUCUUGCGGCUGUGAGGAUUGUUAUGUUUCUCCUGUUUUAACAUAUAGUUUUAUUUGGUUGGGUGCACAGUAUUUUUGAAUAUAUAUUUAGUGGAUAGGGGAAAUAUCGAGUUAUGUACAAAUAUUAUUUGGAUAUUUAUACAUAUACAUAUUUUAAUAUAAUAUUGUGAAAGCUGUACCUAUAGCGGUUGUACUUUGCCGUUAUCACCUCACUCCUGUUAUGUUCAAAAUGUCUGAGCCUGAGUAUUUGUGAUACACACUUCGAUUGUGGUUUCGGUUUCAUAGGGAAAGAGUGUCACACGAUUAAUUCAUUUUCAGUAUAAAUUUACCUUCAAAGUGAAUCAUGACGGCCAAGGUCAACCAGUAAUGUACAAAAAAAAUGCAUGAUCAUAGUUACAUGAAAACAUAUCCCAAUUUUCUACAUGUGUGGUGAUGUAUACAAGGACAUGCUGUGUAUAAUAGUCGUAAACAGUGCUGAGAGACGGGGCAAUAGCUACAGGGUGGAGCUUCAGAGUGGACACAGUGAUGGCUGUCUCCCAACCAUUCACUUUUACUAAUGGGGCACCGCUCUGCUACUGUCGAAGUGUCUUUGAACGUGGCUUCACAGCUGAGCAUCAAAACACGUGUGUAUAUAUAUAGGACAACUAUUUUGAAUGAUGUAGACAUAAUGGAGUUGUUUAAAUUAUGCGAGUCAGCCGAGGACUCUGUACAAUUAUGACCAUUUUUAUAUGCAACAGCCAUGCUUAUGUAUAUGGCACAUUUUUUUGUAUGGACACCUUUUACCUUUACAAGAACCGCCACUAAAAUUUAGCUGUACUUUGGUUAUAUUAUAACUAAGGAAUGAGCAGGAGGUUUGCACAUGCAUCCAUAAUUAAUAUGGAGAUAAGUAAUGCAGCCCGUCAAAUAUGUGCUGCCAGGCCGAUACUGCCAUGUUGAAGAUUUGCUUGUGUAGGCCUUUUGAUGUGUCUAUAAACUACAUGCUUCCAUGUAAGAGAUGGCUAAGUAAGACAGAGUACAACGAGAUAGCACUGCCUAGAAAAGCUCGUUGGUUCUUGCAUGUGACAUUGCAGUUAUGUAGUGUCUUCUAAAUUUAUAUGUACAAUUUGCAUUUACAAGGACUGGCAAUGCCAGAACCACUGCCCAGACUGAGUGAAAGUGAUACGUAUAUUUUUAUUGCAGCAUUGAGGGAUAUUAGUACUUCUCAGAAUGUACUACACUUGCAUUGUGUAAGGACCAAAUAUAUAAUUUAUGAACGAUCACUGAUGCUACAUAAGUGCAUAAUUAUAAUUUAAGCUUAGUUUAGGUGCAUGUUGCAAUGGGCAGAUGUUUCUAUUACAGAAAUCGUGAGAUUUCUGUGGCACAGUGAAAGGUGUAAUGUAGUGAAGGAUGCUUCUAUUUUUACUACAAAGUGGGAAAGAAUUGGUGUGUAGGAAAAAUUUGCUGCAAAUGUCGGUCAUACUGAACUAAUACUUCUACUGAGAUAUGCAUAGGCCUUCCAGUAUUUCACCAUUCAAUAGGAAUCCUGCUUUUUAACACGAAUUUACUAGCACAAAUUUUAACGAGAAUUUACACUCUUAAAACUGAACUUCAUCACAUAGCAUGCUCCUAAGUCUUCACCACUAUCCCGAAUGACAUAGUUCUGCCCCUGAUAUGUUCAUAACGGGAAGCGUAUGCCUUUUUUGACACUCAUGCAGUUAUGCUAAUUGUCGUAAAAAGGCAUACACCCCUCGCUUUCCACAAAUCAGGAGUGAUACAAUGGUAUCAUUCUGCGCAAUGGUUGGCCUUCACCAUGCUGUAUGUGGUGAAGUUCCGUUUUAAGAGUGUACUGCACAUUACGUAAAAACAGCAGCAUAGUCAGAAAAAGAUUUCUGGAGGGUUCUAGGGGGACUUUACAUGGGAGAGGAUUUCACCCUCAUUUCCCUCUCCCAAAUGCACUACCAAAGGUACGGUCUUGGGAGGGGUUUGAACUCCUCCUCGAAAAGCCCCCCUCUGGCUACGCCACUGCCUGAAAAGCAUAGGUUAUGUGAACACGGUACAAAAACCAGCAAUGUGUGCAGACAUAUAUCAUGAACACUAUAGAAUGAAACAAGUCCAGGACAUGUCAUCAGAGUAGUAGUCUGUCAAUUAUCAGCGUGCAGAAAACACAAACACUAGUAUACACAUUAACAUUCCAUGUGCCCAGUGAAAAGAAACCAUAUGAAUAUACCUUUAAUUUAUUAGUAUUUUUGCGUGUUUGACUGUAACACAAAGUAUAACAUGUACAUCGAAGACUGUCACUUCACUGUCUGAAAUAUGCAAACGAUAUGAAGCUUCCAUAUAUGUGUAAGGGUGAUGGUGGUGACUGGAAUAGUAGGUCUUUGCACUUGGGUGAGCCUCGUGUGCAUUGUGUUUGUGUACUAAGCAUUAUUGUGCACAUGGUGGUCAUUUCAAACUUUGUAUUGUUCUAAUAUAAAGGAUUUGGGGAACACUGUACAGUAGAAGACAGCAUUGAAAUAUGUGGUACUGUAUUGAAAUUACAAGCUGACAUCUUGGUUAUCGUCAUCCUUGUAUUAUGCAUUGUAGUGUAGAAAGCAAUUUUUAAAUGAUGCUGUUCUCAAAGUGAAAGUGCACUCAGUUGUCAUGGCGACAGGACUGUGAGUAAAGCCAUCAUCUGCCUCGCAUCCUGGGAGCACCGGUAACGCCAUCUGGGCAAAAGAGUUCCUGUUUUAUUCCUCCUCACUCUCAUUCACGACCUGCUCACACAAACAGCCUGCAGUGAAGUGUGGCUCGUUUUCAUGGACAUGGUGGUCACUAAAAGUGUCAUUGUGACUGAAAGGGUUAUUAAUCAUAACGCCACAAUGAGUAGGCCGGCCAUUUUAGUCUGUAUAGCAUUAUUGGCAAUGGAGCUCUGUUGUCAGCCUGUGAUGCACCCUGAAAUCCAAUCCAGUCUCUUUUCGUUACAAGAUGAUGCUUCCAUAAAACCAAGCCGGAGGACUUUUUAUAAACAGACAUGAUGUGACACGUUAUUGACAGCCUAAAAAUAAAAUAUGAAGUAAAUGUUCAUGCUGUAUUAAAAGCCCUUCAGAGUUUGCACAGUCCUAGUUUUGUACAGCAGUGCAAACAAAAAUUUCAUUACUACAUGAGCUUUCUCUUUUUGCAUCCUCUCUAAACAUAUGCCACGAAUUAGCUUGUUAUUUUGUCAUAUUUAUUGUCGAUGCAUUAAAGCCUAUCUGCCAAUGACAGAUGUGCGAUGAAUGCUCUUGCACAUUCCCAUGUUUAUACGAUUGUAACAUGUUAUAGCAGCACACACCUGCACAUUUUAGUUUAUAUUGAGCAUAGUAAUAUUAAUUACCUUAAACUUUCAAUUCACUCACUUUCAUUUCAAACUCAAACUGCUUUACUUGAACGGUUUCUGGAAGCUAGGAACUAAGGUGUCAGUUCCGACCAUCCUCGCUGGCACCAUGCAUAUAACAAUACUAUUACGAUUCUGGUACAGGUAUUUAUCCUGAUUGAUUGGUCCUAUAGAAAACAAGUAGCAAAAAACUGUUGACCAAGUGCAUAAACUACAGCAAAUCAAAUCGGCAAAUUGGGAAAACUAGUACUGUAUAAUUUUUUUUGUGUGUCGAUGACCACAAUAAAUGUGGCACCCGUGAUGAGACAAAAGGGAAAUUGUUCUUGCACUUAUACUUCCAUACACAUUGUGACACCUCCCAUGUUGAAAUUGCACAGUACAAUAUAGAUUAUCUAACCGCAGAGAAGCCAAAAUCGAACCUGCAUUUAUGACUUUGUGCGAAUGAAAAGAAAUGUUGAACAAAUA